AUGACUAGCACCACCCAAGACAAUUCUCCUAAAGGGAAACAGCGCAUCAUCAAUUGUGUUACUCAGUUGCCGUACAAGAUCCAACUCGGCGACAGCAACGAUGACUGGAAAAUAUCCGCCACCACAGGCAAUAGCGCGUUAUAUUCUUCUCUAGAGUACCUACAGCUUGACUCUACCGGGUACGAGCAGCACGUUGUCGGCUGGACCGGUGAGAUAACAAGAACCGAACGCAACCUGUUUACUAGGGAGGCCAAGGAAAAAACACAGGACCUGGACGACGAUCCGUUAUACCUGACGAAGGAGCAGAUCAAUGGGCUGACCACUACUCUGCAAGACCACAUGAAGUUGGAUAGAGAGGCCAAGACCGACACCGCACAAGCCCCUGCUGCUGCCAAUAACGUUCAUCCAGUUUGGCUUUUGAGAAAAAAUCAGAGCAGAUGGAGGAACUACGCGGAAAAAGUCAUCUGGCCCACUUUUCACUAUAUCUUGAAUCCUUCUAACGAAGGCGAGCAGGAAAAGAACUGGUGGUACGACUACGUCAAGUUCAACGAAGCGUACGCUCAAAAAAUCGGGGAGGUUUACAAGAAGGGGGACAUCAUCUGGAUUCAUGACUACUACCUACUGUUGUUGCCUCAACUACUGAGGAUGAAAUUCAACGAUGAGUCCAUCAUCAUUGGUUACUUCCACCACGCCCCAUGGCCCAGUAACGAAUAUUUCCGUUGUCUGCCCCGUAGGAAGCAAAUUUUGGACGGUCUUGUUGGGGCAAAUCGAAUCUGCUUCCAAAACGAGUCAUUCUCCCGUCAUUUUGUAUCGAGUUGUAAAAGAUUGCUGGAUGCAACCGCCAAGAAAUCCAAAAACUCUUUUGAUAGCGACCAAUACCAAGUCUCUGUCUACGGUGGCGAUGUACUGGUCGAUUCUUUGCCGAUCGGUGUUAACACCACACAAAUCUUAAGAGACGCCUUCACGAAGGAUAUCGAUUCUAAAGUGCUUUCUAUAAAGCAAGCUUAUCAAAAUAAAAAGAUCAUCGUGGGCAGGGAUCGUUUGGACUCCGUCAGAGGCGUUGUACAAAAAUUGAGAGCGUUUGAGACUUUCUUGGCCAUGUAUCCGGAAUGGCGAGACCAGGUAGUUCUGAUCCAGGUUAGUAGUCCCACUGCUAACAGGAACUCCCCACAAACUAUCAGAUUGGAGCAGCAGGUCAAUGAACUGGUUAACUCCAUCAAUUCUGAAUACGGUAACUUGAAUUUCUCCCCUGUUCAGCACUACUACAUGAGAAUCCCCAAGGACGUUUAUUUGUCUCUCCUCAGAGUUGCAGAUUUAUGUUUGAUCACAAGUGUCAGAGACGGUAUGAAUACCACUGCUUUGGAGUACGUUACCGUCAAAUCACACAUGUCGAACUUCCUAUGCUACGGUAACCCGUUGAUCCUGAGCGAGUUCUCUGGUUCCAGUAACGUGUUGAAAGACGCCAUCGUGGUAAAUCCAUGGGAUUCAGUCGCUGUGGCUAAAUCUAUCAACAUGGCUUUGAAGUUGGACAAGGAGGAAAAAACGAACUUGGAAUCAAAACUAUGGAAGGAAGUGCCCACCAUUCAAGAUUGGACCAACAAAUUUUUGACCUCAAUAAAGGAGCAGGCCACGUCUGAUGACGACGUUGAGAGGAAAAUGACUCCAGCUCUUAAUAGACCAGUUCUUCUAGAAAACUACAAACAAGCUAAGCGUAGAUUAUUCCUUUUCGAUUAUGAUGGUACUUUAACUCCAAUCGUCAAAGAUCCAGCUGCGGCUAUUCCUUCGGCGAGACUUUAUACAAUUUUACAAAAAUUGUGUGCUGAUCCUCAUAACCAAAUCUGGAUUAUUUCUGGUCGUGACCAGAAGUUUUUGAGUCAAUGGUUGGGUGGUAAAUUACCUCAACUUGGUUUAAGUGCCGAACACGGUUGUUUCAUGAAAGAUGUUUCUUGUGAAGACUGGGUAAACUUGACCGAAAAGGUUGAUAUGUCUUGGCAAGUACGCGUCAAUGAAGUGAUGGAAGAAUUCACCACAAGAACCCCAGGUUCCUUCAUCGAAAGGAAGAAAGUCGCUCUUACAUGGCAUUAUAGACGUACUGUACCAGAAUUAGGCGAGUUCCAUGCCAAAGAAUUGAAGGAGAAAUUACUAUCGUUCACCGAUGAUUUCGAUUUGGAGGUUAUGGACGGUAAAGCCAACAUUGAAGUUCGUCCAAGAUUCGUCAAUAAGGGUGAAAUUGUCAAAAGAUUAGUCUGGCAUCAACAUGGUAAACCACAGGACAUGCUAAAGGGAAUCAGUGAAAAAUUACCUAAGGAUCAAAUGCCCGAUUUUGUAUUAUGUUUGGGUGAUGACUUCACCGACGAAGACAUGUUUAGGCAGUUGAAUACCAUCGAAUCCUGUUGGAAAGAAAAGUACCCAGACGAGAAAAACCAAUGGGGCAAUUAUGGGUUUUAUCCUGUCACCGUGGGAUCCGCAUCCAAGAAAACUGUCGCUAAGGCUCAUUUGACCGAUCCUCAACAGGUCUUGGAAACCUUAGGUUUACUUGUUGGUGAUGUUUCCCUUUUCCAAAGUGCAGGUACGGUCGACUUGGAUUCAAGAGGUCAUGUCAAGAAUAGUGAAAGCAGUUUGAAAUCAAAACUGGCAUCCAAAGCCUACGUUAUGAAAAGGUCUGCUUCUUAUACAGGUGCAAAGGCUUAG